AUGCCCCAAGAAGGAUGUUUCUCGGAUACCACGACAGUGCAAGUAUAUCAAAGGGGUCCAGUCCAGAUGAAGGAUCUGCAGGUAGGAGACUGGGUGCUGACAGGAAAAGACACGUAUCAGCCUGUCUAUACUUUUGGUCAUCAUCGCAAUGAAACUACUGAGAAAAUGUUCUACCAAAUCUACCACCAUAACAGCAAACGGGAAGAACCAAUCGAAAUGACAGGGAACCACCUUAUUUUUGUAUUGGAUACCAGCAGCGGGAAAGCAAAGCCAAUUCGAGUAGACCAACUCCAAGAGUUCGAUCACCUGAUCACUGUAGGUCAUGCUACUUCCUCUGAAAACGAAGACACCCCAACAACAGUGCAAGUGAGCCGCUUUGCACUGACCCGUAAGAGGGGGGUGUUCAUGCCAUUGACAGCAUCGGGAAAGAUCAUUGUUCACGAGGGCAUAGUAGCCUCCAACUACGUUUCGCUGCAAGAGGAAACACCGUCGAUUGUUGAAAGUGCUCUGCUGUUCCCCUUUGUGGAUGAACAUACCCUGUCUCAUUGGUUUCUGUCUCCUUACCGAAUUGCCUGCGGAGUUCAUUUCAUUGAUGUGUGUGGUGGUCACUCUCAUGACGAAGAGGGUAUCUUGAGGUGGCUUACACUGGGGCGCCGCAUGGCCCGAGCAGCUGAACACUAUGAGUCGUUCGCGUCUGUACCAACAUUCCUAUUCUUUGGUCUGUGCAACAUUCUAGAGAUUGUUUUCUUGGGCCCGUUGGUAUGGGCAACAUUUGGGAUGGAACUGGUGCUGUUGUCGGUGGUGGUCUAUGGCUUCCACCAAUACAACGAAGUGUGA